AUGUGGCGUCUCCCUUCUCUGGUUGAAGUUCAAGCAAGGGGUGAUCGCUACCUAUUUACGUUCGCCAGCGAACGUGAUGUCAAUCGAUUCAAGAAGGGCGAUCCUUGGGCUUAUCUACGCUCAAUGAUCAUCAUCAACAACUAUGAUGGAUUCUCUGAUAUUAGGCAAGUCCCUUUGAAUUUUGUUAGGGUAUGGGUGGAAAUCCUUGGACUUCGAGUUGCACUGACAACUGCAGCCACGACAAGGUUGGUUGGUGAAACAAUUGGAUCGGUUCUGCAAGUGGAUCAACACGGUAUUAACCGUGAAAUUGUUAGGGUUCGUCUAACCCUAAUGUUAGAUGAGCCUGUGAGGCUAACUCGACGCAUUAGGGUUUCCCCUACUGAUGUUCUUGAAGUCCAAUUUCGCUAUGAACGUCUCUGGCACUGGUGUCGUGUGUGUUCUAUGCUAAACCAUGGUGGGCUGCCAUGUCCAAGAGAACAAGAGGCUGAAGCUCCGGCGGUAAUUCCGAGUCUAGUUGCAACACCAUCCAUGGUGUUUAGAGCCAACAUACCUUCCACACUAUCCAUUCUAGCUUAUGUGUCACUUUCUACCCUCUUCCCUAAAGAGAAGAGAGCUGUCACCAUCAGAGAGGUGCCUGCUUUCCCCUCUCCUACAAAAAUUACCGGAAUUCGAUGA